GUUCAAUCCAUGUCAAAUUGUAAAUGAGAUAUUAUUAUGUUCUAUUUAAUAUUUUUGUGUGCAAUUAUAUUUAUUGGCCAGGAGACUGGAGCGGUUAUGGAUCCCGGCUACGAAUACAUCGAAGGAGCGGAUACUUGGCUGCGUCUGCACAUCGCGCCCGCUAGAUGGCAGGACGCACUCGUGCGCUGCAAGCUCGAAGGUGGUGUAUUAGCCUCCCCUUCGACCAUUGUUGUAACAAAAGCGAUGAUGUCCAUGAUGGCCUCAUACAAAAAUGUGCUCUCACUCGGUGUGUUCACGGGAAUACACGAUCUCAUCUCUGAGGGUGACUUCAUGUCCCUUGAUGGUAUGCCCGUCUCCGAAAUACAGCUGAAUUGGGUUUAUAGAGAACCUAGCAACAAAAAUGAAGAAGAAAAUUGUGUGAUACUUACCAGCACGGGUCAAGUCGCUCAAGAGCGCUGCGCCAACAAAUACCCAUACUUUUGCAGCAAGGAGAAUGCCACGAUGGUCGUCGAUAAAGAUUGUCAAACUACUGCUGUUGAUUACGAAUACCACCCCCGCACUGGCAGUUGCUACAAGUUCCAUAAAGAGGUUGAGACCUGGCAUCGUGCUGCCAAAGUGUGUCAUGCAGAAGGAGGACAUCUGGCCAUUAUCAACAGUAACACGGAAGCUGUGGUGAUCAAGAACAUUUUUGAGAACUACCCCCGAGACAAUAUAAUUGGGGCAACUUAUACUGACGAUGCCUGGGUUGGUAUCUGGAAAUGGAAUGACAGAAAUGGCCCGUGGCUAACUAUACAUGGUGAUACGCUCGACGAAGCUGGAUAUGCAUUGUGGGCUGAAGGCCAGCCAAACAAUUUAAACGGUAUACAGACAAGUGCUGCCAUUGAGCGAGACGGCUUACUAAAUGACGUACAACCAGAGGCCAAAGAAUCAUUCAUCUGCGAGAUUACCUUGUAACUAAUAUUAUAAUUUUCAUACUAUUUUGGGGUUGGAAUAGGCCGAAGCGCUCUUCAGUUAUUUAAAGAGCUAUCUGAAAUUAUGGUCUACAUUACUGGUGACCAGAGCUGGCAGCUUUUUUGCGCAACGUACCUGUAUAGCACUACAGCGAGGAAAUGUUGAUUUAGUUUGUUAGUUUUAAUUUAGUUAUUAAGAAAUAAAUAUAUAUUCUUUAUUA